AACAUUAGGCAAUAUAAAUCCUAUUUCUACCUACAAAUAAAAUUAACAAUGACUGCAAUGAGGGCUAAUAAUUUUCUGCUCAUCAGAUAAAGAUAAAGUUUUUUUGUUACACAAUGUAAUUUAAUUGAGAAAUUGUUUUUAAUAAAAUUUUAUCAGUUUCUAGUGUACUAUAAUACGCGAAACAAUGCGUCAGUGCUUUGCUCUUUAAUUUUUUUGCACAUUUUAACUUUUUUUAUUUUUCUACUUUUAUGAAUAUCUGUGGUUAUGUUUAUUUAUUUUUAAUAUUAUUAAUCUAAAAUAUGGCUAAUAGUACAGAAAGAAACAAUAACUUUUACAUUCUCCGAACAAAUUAACCUCCCCGCCAUGAAAUCUGUCAAACAAUAGAACUCAAUUUCUAAUGGUGCCGCCCUGGUUACAGAAAAAGUCGUGGAUGCCCUCAUUACUAUAAAACAUAGUUCAUAAUAACAUAAUAUACACUACCUACGUCUCUAUCAAUACACACAUAUCUGUUAUAUUUAUCAAAUUUGUAGCUACCUACCUACUCUAUGAUACAUGUUUAUAUUACCAGAGAAUAUCAUUGAAUUCUUUUUAUUAGUACUAAGCACUCUGUUGUCGUCUGGUCCGCCCGUAUCAUGUCUGAUAAAGCGCCAUAUGUAACUGCGGCAGCCGCAACGAUCGGCGCUCUCGGUGCCGCGUAUUAUGCUUAUAAUUUAUACCAGGAAUCGCGGAAACCAAAGCUGCCGAAUGAAUGGAAACAAGUCGGUACGAUUAAGGACAUUUAUGUGUACCCAGUCAAGUCAUGUGGCCCGGUUUUAUUGAAUAAGACCGAAUGCACUACUUUGGGCCCUAGGGAUGGCUGGCUCAGGGACAGAGUGUUAAUGGUGGUUGAUGAAAAGAAUAACUUUAUAACUGCCCGUGCUUACCCUGAGUUACUGUUGGUGCAACCGUCAGUGAAAAGUUCAAUUCUUACCUUGAAGCAUAGUGAUAUGGAGACACUUACUGUUAAUUUAGCAGAGGUGAUAGAAAUUCAAAACCCCAAACCUGCUACAGUAUGGGGCGUAACCGUUCCCGUAUACGACUGUGGCGGGGAUGCUAGUGAGUGGUUUUCACGAUUGCUUAACCGGUCAGCCGACAACUUUAGACUGGUGUAUUAUGCGUCUAAUAAAAGCCGCGAAUUAAGAAAAUCUUCAAAGAAAUUCUAUAAAUUUACCAAAAAUGAUACGGGUGCUUUGCCGGAUGAGGUACCGUUCCAUUUGAUUAACGAAGCUUCCGUAAACGAGCUUAAUAGUCGUCUGAAGGAUUACCAGGUGACGCCACGCAAUUUUAGGCCGAACUUUGUCGUUAAUGGAGCCAAACCAUACGAUGAGGAUAAUUGGAAAUACAUUAAAAUAGGAGAAAACAUUUUUGAAACAAUAAAACCUUGCACUAGGUGCAUUAUGACCACAAUUGAUCCUGAAACUGGCAUCCGUAAUGCUAAAACAGAGCCAUUGGAAACUUUAAAGAGUUAUCGUCAAAUAGCGGAGCCCGAAGAACGCAAGGCAGCAGGGAACUCUCCUCGCAUGGGAUUACAAAUGUCGUUGCGUUCGGAACCCGGCGGCGUAAUUUCUUUAAACGAUCCCGUAUAUGUUCCACAAUAGUUUUUGGAGCAUUUUAAUCACACAACAUUACGGCUAAUUAUUACUGUUAUUCUUAUAUAGGUAUCAAUUUGCAAUUUUUAAUGCAUGAAUUUCUCUUUCUAAUAAGUUUUACAUACAAAAAUUAUGUGCCAACCAAGAAUAUUACUGUUUUUAAAAUAAAUUAAAUUUUGGGGAUAU